CGGGUUUCUCUGGGCCACUGGAGUCACGGGUGACCACGCGAGCCAAUCAGAGGGCAUCGCCCCACAUGAUUCGCUGCCAUCUGGAGUGUAAUGACCGUAUUGUAAUUUAUACCCUGGGUGAGUGCUUGGAGAUUCUUUUCUUUAUUGUUGUAUUCUGCUUGUGUAUAGAUGGCAAGAGACAACAGCACCCCUGUAACGGUGGUAGUAUACUAGUGGUGUUCUAUACUCUGACUCUGGUGCACUCAACACGUACACACAAUCCUCAAACCGCUCACGACGAUCUUGAUUUGUUGAGGAUCUUCAUCCGCCAGUCGAUCCAGAGGGGUCCAAAGCCAUGGGAACAGGUUUUGUGCACCGUAUUUGUACGGAGUACUCUUGUAAUAUAAAUGAAUUCGGUAGAUAGCGAGAGAAAUCCGGGGAACCUCAUGAAUUGGCGGGAUCAAACCAAAGGCAACAUUUUACAUCUCAUGACUCUGUCAAGUACAUUGCAUAGUGAAUCUCACGGUACAGUACAUGGUACAUGGCAUCGCACAUGGUUGACCACAGUUGCAAGCAAAGCAUCCGACUUGUACCGCCUUGGCUGGAUCAUAGCCAUAUCAUCGGGCCAAUUGUCAAUUGCC